GCAAAAACAACUCAAGGUGGGACUGUUAUAACGCGAGAGGCUGACCUGGUCACUGCACACGAGUUUGGUCACAACUGGGGAGCAGUGCACGACGAUUUUUCGAGUGAAUGUUCACCGUCGUACAGUCAAGGUGGUAGUUUCAUUAUGCACACGUUCGCGGUAUCUGGUUACGAUGCGAAUAAUAAUUUUAUGGCUUUGGAUAUUUGUUGUACGUCGAAUUGUCGUUUCCGUGCGGAUGCGCAGUGCUCACCUAAGAACGUUCCGUGUUGUUCGAACGAGUGUCACUUCCUUCCAGCCACACACCUCUGCCUACAUGAAAACCCAAUGCAGUGUAAACACUCUUCAUACUGCACUGGGAAAUCGGGUGAAUGCCCGCAACCGCAGCCGAUCGAGGACGGUCGAGAGUGUGUCGAGGAGGGCGAGUGUCUCAACGGCCGAUGCCUGACCUUCUGCGAACGUCCAUCGAUCAACAAGAAACCGUGUAUUUGUCGAAAAGGUACGCAUCACUUCUCAUUCCUUUCUUAA